AUGGCAAAACUGUGGACAGGGGUUCUCUCGUGGGUUUUUGAUGAUGAAGGAAAGGAUGUGACACCCCAUCCACUCUUCCAUUCAGAUGCAAAAGCUGUUGUACCCAGACAGGGCAACAGCAAUACUUCUAUAUCAAACGCAUCAACAACUGAGUCCAUAGUAGAUGAAACAGUAGAACCUGGCUCUCGACGAGACACAACUGUCAGCUUAUCUGGUGUGCGGGUGAGGCAAGAGGAGAUAAAAGAAGAACUGACAAAAGAAGACUUAGACAGGAGAGUGGAUAUUUACCUCACAGAUACGGAAACUAUCUGGAUAUUGGAUAUGCCAUCUGUGGCAGUGUCUGUAGAAUCAGAAGAUGCUGGAAGAGUUCUGGAGCGGAAUAAGAUUUAUGUUGACGUUUGCAAAAAUAGACCUGGGAACGAUCGCUUUGUAGAAAAAAUGAUGCAAACCAUUAACGGAGCUGCAAAGAACAAGGAAGUGCAAUGUGACAAAAUCAUCAUGGAAGAUAAAGGGAUGACGGCCACUUCCUGGGACUUGUACGAUUCAUUUAACGUAUUGGAAACAAAACCUAUGUCAAAAGCAGAAGGUAGCAGAGCCACAACUGGGAAAAGCAGCAAACCCCAAACAGCUACAGAGCACGAUGAGACUACGUCUGUCUCUUCUGACAGAGGUAACAUUUUUCCAGGCAGCACAACUUCUUCUAUCACGAUUUCCGAAAAUGCUGUUCUUGCCAGAAUCCAUGAAGAGGAAGAAUGCCAUUCAGAAGCUAUAUUACCCAAACUUGCAGCUUAUCGGCAGUUUCCUGUCCUUAUAGAUCCUGACGUUGUAUCAGACACUGGUGGUACAGUAGCAGCUGUGAAAGAAGCUAACCAGAAGGAGCGUGAAAAGGAAAAGAAGGAUAAGGAGGAGCAGAAGGGAGCAUUCAUUGACCCAUCAAUUCUGUCAGAUGUAAAUAAAACCCGAGAAGAAAUUGUACCUCCCAGAUUGGAACGACUGUGGUCAUAUAUGUGCGAUUUAACUGCUGGUCACAGUGUGACCAGUAUGGCUUGGAGCAAAGUAAACCCAGAUCUUUUAGCUGUUGGUUAUGGAGCGUUGGAUUUUAACGAACAGAAGAAGGGUUUGGCUUGCUGUUGGUCAUUGAAGAACCCCAUGUGGCCAGAGCGUAUUUUCCAGUGUGCACAUGGUGUUACUGCUUUGGAUUUUUCUACGGCAAGCCCGAAUCUUUUAGCAGUUGGAAUGUACAAUGGUUCCGUUGCAAUCUAUAAUGUACGGAGUUGCAACGACGCUGCACUUUUGGACAGCAGUAAAUCCUCAAAUAAACACACGGGUCCUGUAUGGCAACUGAGGUGGGUGGAACAGGACAGAGAUGCAACAGGAGAUGGCAAAAAAGAGAGAUUAACGUGUAUCUCAGCAGAUGGCCGAAUAACUGAGUGGCUUAUCCAGAAAAGACUAGAUUGCACUGAUCUGAUGAAAAUAAAGCGGACAGAAAGCGAGAAGAAAAAAUUACCAGGUGAGAAAGGAAGGAAAAGUGAAGCUCUGAUAUCUCAACUGGCAGCUGGAAUGUGCUUUGACUUCCACCCAAAGGACACUAAUUUUUAUCUUGCUGGAACAGAAGAGGGUCAUAUCCACAAGUGUUCUUGUUCAUGCAACGAGCAGUUUCUAGAGACGUACAGAGGCCAUAAGGGUCCUGUGUACAAAGUCACUUGGAAUCCGUUCAGCACUGACAUGUUCCUUAGUUGCUCUGCAGACUGGAGCAUUAUUUUAUGGCACCAGGAUUCACAGACACCCAUGUUAACUUUCAAUUCCACCACUGCUUUUGUUCACGACAUUAUGUGGUCUCCAAAAUCAGCCUUCAUAUUUGCAGCAGCAAAUGAAAGCAGAGUCGAAAUUUGGGAUCUUAGAGUCAGCAUCUUGAACCCCGUGAUCUCCUGCUUUGCCAGCCCGAGACAGAAAUUCACAUCCGUGCUCUUUGCUACGAACACCGACUGCCUUCUGGUAGGGGACAGCACAGGAGCAGUCAGUGUGUUUGAGCUGCAGAACCUGACUGCUCCCAACAGCAACCAGGUUGAUACCUUACAUGACAUAAUUGGGCCUGCUGUAGCUGUUUAA